UAUUUUGAGACAGGGUCUUGUCCAGGCUGGCCUCAAAUUUGUGAUCCUCUUCCCUCAGCCUCCUGAGUGACUGGGAUUACUGGCAUGUGCCAGUUAAUAUUAAUCCUUGAAUAACAAUAUCAUGCUAUAGCUAUUCUCCAUUUCCAUAUCCUGAUAUCAGUCACAUAUUUGUUUACUAAUUUGUUAUAUAUCAGUUUACCACCCAUAUAUCUAUAUUUCCUUGAUGUUAAAGGUGGUUAGAGAUCCCUCUUUUAAAACUAUCCCUGUCUAAAGAGUAUUUAAGAAAUGUGUCAGGGUUUUUCAACACACAAAAAUCAUACUGUUUUGCAAAGAAAUAAAUUUCCUUUUAUUUUGGAGAAUUUUCUUGUACUCACUUGAAGAGAAAUAACUAACCUGGGAAUGCAGAUUUUAAAUUGUUCUGAACUGUGUAACUGCAGGUAAAGAUUAUUUUGCAAAAUUUAUGUGUCUUAAAUAUAAGUGAAACUUCCAUGUUUAGGAAAUUCAAAAUGGUUUCUGAUUAUUUGUCUAUAAGUAAGCCCUUUUCCAUUUUAAAUUCUAUGUAUUUCUGCCCAGCUUUCUUACUGAGUUUGUAUCAUUUGGUUUUCUUAUGUUUUGUUUGGAUAAUUCUUUCUAAUUAGAAUUAUCUGUUACUUAGAUCUUGGGCAUACAAAACAGAUAAUGCUAAUUUCUGGUGUAUUUACAAAAUGUUUAAUAUAUGAAUGGAUGAUUUUUAUUUCAUUGGUCAAUAUGAGGCUCCCCUCAAACAUGUUUUAAAACUUCCUUUUAAAACUUCCCUUUUAAAACUUUGCUGCAGCCCUUCCCUGGCAGUGCAUCCUUCUGGUCUGUUCAGACAGAACUUCGAUCGACAGUACCCCCCAUGCCAUCCUGCCUUAUACUGCUGAGGAGGGAAGUCGAGAGCUAUUCCAACCAGUUUCGGUUUAAGGCCUCCAACUGGAAGCUUAGUGAGCAACACAGAAAAAGAAAGGGGUCAGAAACAUCCAACCCUUGCUCUUUCUCUUGGCACAUAGCUCAAGAAAAAUGGAAACGAGGACAGUCUGGCACAGGCAGUGGCCGUCCAUGCCCAUCAACAGUUUUGACCACCUCAGUGAAGAUAAUUCUUUCAUUUUUCAUUACAAAUCUUUUUUCCUCCCGUGUGUGUGUGAGUGUGUGUGUAUGCAUGCGCGCGCGUGUGUGUAUGUGGUGUCUGUGUACUUGUUGUAUUGUCAUAUAUAUGUAUAUAUAUGUGUGUGUGUGUGCAUCUAUCUAUAUAUAGUGUACUUUGACAUAUUAUACAUACAUGGGGUAUGACUUCCCAUUCUUGUGGUUAUACACAAUGUGGAGUUACAUUGGUUGUGUAUUCAUAUUUAAACAUAGACAAGUUAUGUCUGAUUCAUUCUAUGGUCUUUCCUAUUCCCAUUCCCCCUCCCUUCCCUUCAUUCCUCUUUGUUUAAUCCAAUGAACUUCUAUUCUUCCUACCAACACUGCACCCCUUGUUGUGUGCUGGCAUCCACAUAUCAGAGAGAACAUUCAGCUUUUGUAUUUUGGGAAUUGGCUUAUGUCACUUAGCAUGAUAGUUUUCAGUUCCAUCCAUUUGCUGGAAAAUGUCAUUAGUUUUCUUCAUGACUGAGUAAUAUUCCAUUGUGUAUGUAUACCACAUUUUUUUUUACAGUUGUAUAUGGACAGCAUGCCUUCAUUUAUUUAUUUCGUUUUUGUGUGGUGCUAAGGAUGGAACCCAGUGCUUCACACAUGCAAGACAAGUACUCUGCCACUCAGCCACAUCCUCACCCCUACCACAUUUUCUUUAUCCAUUCAUUUGUUGAAGGGUACCUAGGUUGGUUCCAUAGCUUAGCUAUUGUGAAAUGAGCUUCUAUAAACAUUGAUGUGGCUGUGUCACUGUAGUAUUCUGAUUUUAAGUCCUUUUGGUGGAAUGAGUGGGUCAAAUGGUGGUUCCAUUCCAAGUUUUCUGAGGAAUCUCCAUACUGCUUUCCAGAGUGGUUGCAACAAUUUGCAGUACCUUUCCCCCCACAUCCUCCCCAACAUUUAUUGUUACUUGAUUGUUGAUAAUUGCCAUCUGACUGGAGUGAGAUAAAAAUCUUAAUGUAGUCUUAAUUUGCAUUUAUUUAAAUACUAGAGAUGUUGAAAAAUUUUUCAUAUAUUUGUUGACUGGUCAUAAUUCUUCUUCUGUGAAGUGUCUGUUCAAGUCCUUUGCCCAUUUAUUGAUGGGUUACUUGUGGUUUUGGUGUUAAGUUUUUGAGUUCUUUAUAUAUCCUGGAGAUUAGUGUGUGUGUGUGUGUGUGUGUGUGUGUGUGUAUGUUGCGGUGACAAAGAUUUUCUCUCAUUCCAUAGGCUCUCUCUUCACAUUCUUAUUUCCUUUGCUGUGAAAAAGUUUUUAGUUUGAUACCAUCCUAUUUAUUGAUACUUGAUUUUACUUCUUGCGCUUUAGGAAUCUUGUUGAGGAAGUUGGUUCCUAACCUGAAUGAUGGAGAUUUGGGCCUGCUUUUUCUUCUAGUAAGUUCAGGGUCUCAGGUCUAAUGCCUAGGUCCUUGAUCCACUUCAGGUUAAGUUUUGUGCAGGGUGAGAGAUAGGGGUUUAAUUUCAUUUGAUAUGCACGAACUUUCAGUUUUCCCAGCACCCAUUUGUUGGAGAGGCUAUCUUUUCUCCAAUGUAUGCUUAUGGUGCCUUUGUCUAGUAUGAGAUAACUGUUUUUAUGUGGGUUUGUCUCUAUGUCUUCUAUUCUGUACCAUUGGUCUUCAUGUCUGUUUCGGUGCCAGUACCAUGGCAUUUUUGUUACUAUGACUCUGCAGUAUCAUGUAAAAUCUGGUGUUGUGAUGCCUCCUGCAUCACUUUUCUCACUAAGGAUUGCUUUGGCUAUUCUGGGCUUCUUGUUUUUCCAAAUAAAUUUCAUAACUGCUUUUUCCAUUUCUAUGAAGAACAUCAUUGGAAUUUUAAUGGGAAUUACAUUAAAUCUGUUUAGUGCUUUUGAGAGCAUGACCAUUUUGAUAAUACUAAUUUGCCUAUCCAUGAACAUGGGGGAUUUUGCAUUUUCUAAGGUCUUCUUCAAUUUCUUUCUGGAGUGUUCUGUAGUUUUUAUUGUAUAGGUCUUUCACCUCUACUGUUAGAUUGAUUCCUAAGUACUUCUUCUUUUUUUUUUCUUUUUGAGGCUAUUAUGAAUGGGAUAGCUUUCCUAAUUUAUUUUUUAGCUAAUUUAUCAUUGGUCUAUAGGAACACAAUUGAUUUAUGGGUGUUGAUUUUAUAUCCUGCUACUUUGUUGAAUUUGUUUAUGAGUUCUAAAAGUUUUUGGUACAGUUUUUUUUUUCCUAAAUAGAGAAUCAUGAGUCAUGUCAUUGGCAAAUAGGGAUAGUCUGAACUCUUCUUUUCCUAUUCAUGUCCCUUUAAUUUUUCUUUAGCCUAGGAUAGAAUGAUCUUAUGUUGACAUCAUAAAGGCUAUUUAUGAUAAGUCUGAAACCAACAUCUUUGUGAAUGGAGGAAAAUUGAAAGUAUUUCCUUUAAGAUUUGGGACAAGGGUGACUGCUUUUACCACUCUAGUCCAAUGUAGUGCUAGGAAUUAUAGUCAGAGCAAUUAGGCAAGAGAAGGGAAAAAAGGAUAAAAAUAAGAGAGGAAGAAGUCAAAUUAUCAGAUAUGUUUAUAUGUUUGCAGAUAUGAACCCCUACGUAUAAGAUCCAUAAAUAUUUACCAGAAGACUGCUAGAAUUAAUAAAUUCAACUAAAUAACAGGUGAAAAAAUCAACAUACAAAAGUCAAUAAUUUUCUUCUAUAUCAACAAUGAAUCUGCUGAGAAAUCUUAUCCAAAAUAGCUAAAAAAAAAAAAACCCAAACAAACAAACAAACAAAAAAUAAACCAAAAAAUCUCAAAACCCAAUGACCUUAGGAAUAAAUCUAGCCAAGGAGGUGAAAGACCUCUACAAUGCCAUAAUUCUUCUUUAUGGCUGAGUAAAAUUAUAUUGUGUAUAUAUACCACAUUUUCUUUACCCAUUUGUUGAAGUACACCUAGGUUGGUUCCACCAACAAUGGAUGAUUAUAUAUUUUUCCCUCACAUCCUUGCCAACAUUUAUUUUUUAAAAGAUAUACUUUUAUCCUGCUGGUAGGGUUGUAAAUUAGUACAACCUUUAUGAAAAUCAGUAUGGAGGUUCCUCUGAAGACUAGGCAUGGGAACACCUUAUGAUCCAGCUAUACCACUCCUUGGCAUUUAUCCUAAGAAAUAUACUAUAGCAGCACAAUUCACAAUAGUCAAACUAUUGACCCAGCCUAGGUGUCCAACAUGGAUGAAUGGAUCUGUGAAUCUGUGAAAGGAAUCUGUGGCGUACAUACACAAAGGAGUUUUAAAUCAUGUCAUUUUCAGGAAAAUGGAUGGAACUUGAGAAUAUUAUGUUAACUAAAAUAAGUCAAACUCAGAAAGUCAAGCGUUGUGUGCUUUUUUCUCUCAUGUAGAAACUAUAGAGGAAAGAGGAAAAGAAUGGUUGAGGAGAACCUCAUGAAAAUUGAAGGAAGAUCAGAAGAGUAGAGGAAAGAGGCCAGUGGAAGGGAGAAAGUAUUGAAACGAUUUUCACCAACACUCGAGAAAAAUAAAGCCAUCCAGAAGAAGUGUCAGGGAACAAAGAGAAGGAGAAAUGGAGUAUCUAAAGUUUCUAGGUGCAGUCUCUCUCAGGAAGCAGGGUCUCAGAGGAGAGGCUCAGGAGAAGGCAGUGAGACCUGAGAGAUUCUUCAGAGUCCCUUCCCUGCCCACCCUUCCUUGGGUGUGAAUGAAGUAGUGAUGGACCUGGGCCUUGGACAUUUACUGCCAAGUCGGAGAACUUGCCGGAGAGAAGUAGAGGAGGGGAGGAAGCUGCUUUCUAUUCUGAAAAGUCCCAUGAGCCAGAAUAAUGAUUUCCUCCGCUUUCGGCAACUGUUAUGUCCAGACCCGCUCUGUAGGGUGUGUAAUAGAACAGCAGCUGAGGUCAGUCAACUGAUCUGUAAGGCGUCCUUGGAAGAUGCUCUUAAUUCUGUGUCCCGUGUGUCUUCCGUGACGUCUGUGAGAGAGUCAUCAGUUUUUCUGUCCGAUGUUGUCUCUGCAAUCCCUCCGGGAGCUUCAGUUUCAACUCCUUUAACUGAGCCAACUCUAUUUCCUUCCUCUAUUCGUUCACCUGACCAAAUUACCCCUUUAAAGGACCUACCUGGACCCUCAUUACUGGGUGACUCUCUGCCACCAGAGCCUUCUCCCUUGAGUUCAAAAUUGCCAGUGGAUCAUAUCCCACCUCAAACAUCUGUUCCAACUCCUCCCCCACCUGUUCCAACCCUUCCCCCACCAACUGACAGUCAAGAAGCAAAACCUGUUCUCCAACCAGAAGCCCCUUUGUCUCUGGUGGAUAGCCCUGAUGGGUUGUCUACUAAUGUCCCAACAACCACAUGCACUGACAGUGCAAGCCUUCCAGUGUCAGAGUUCUCUGGAAACCAGUCUCAUGCUGAAAACUUGUCUCCAUCUAAAUUGGAGCACUCUGAUGAUGACAAAAACCUCCUCGACCUCCAUCCUCCUGAGGCCUCUUUUGAGAGUGAUACUACAGCCAUCCUUGUAGAGCCCAGAAACCUCUCAUUUCUAUGCCCUGAUGUCUUGGCCCUUCUGGAGAGACACAUAAAAAAGAAGGGCGAUUUCCUGAUGCAGAACAAAAAGAAAAAGGAAAAAAAAAUCUUUUCCAAAAGAACUUAAGC